AUGAUCAAAGGGUGCCUGGUUAUAUCAAUGGCUAUGUACGGCGGUUUUGGCAGGCCAGGUCUUACCGACCACCGAGGCACUCCAGAGGUUCCCGGCCGUGUGGUGACUGUAAUUGAGCGAGAAUUCUGGGAGACCUUGGAUGACCCAUUGGCGCACCUCGAGACCGCGGACUCGUCGACAUCCCGAGUCUGGGGUGCGGCGUACCAUAUUCCCGCCUCCCACGCCGAGGAAGUCCACGACUACCUCGACGAGCGUGAAAUUGACGGAUACACCGCGCACUUCACCCCAUUCCAUGCCUUUGGAUCGACCGAUGUGCCGGAGACCAAGCCGAUCACCUGCAUGGUCUACAUCGGCCAACCGACAAAUCCGCAAUUCUUGCGCGACCCGGCCCGCCGUGAGCCGCAGGAUGUGGCUGAAGUGAUCAGCCGCGGACGGGGUCAGAGCGGGAAAAACACCGAGUAUCUUUAUUUGCUAGAGAAGGCUCUCGAGAGCGUGGGACUUGGAAGCGCCGAUGGACAUGUCACCGACCUAGUUCGGCGAGUGAAAGCGAUAGAGGGUGCGGAUGAGGCAGCGAGGGAGGAGAAUGCCGCUGAAAGAGACCUAAAGAAAUCACUCAGUCGAUCUGAGGAGGAAGCUCAUCAGAAUAUCGGGAGUGAAUAA